AUGACUCCGUCCUCUUCGGUGCUGUUUGUGCUGUUGAUCAUCCCGACCGCCUGGGCUCUCCGAUGCCACGACUACACACGCACCAACAACUUCAAGAGUGCCAUGAAGACCUGGGUUCGUUUUGGAAUCCGUUAGUUUUUGUCUCGACCGACAACAAAAUACUGAAGAUAUAAAUGAAUAAAAGAACUGGGAAAAUUUCUUGGAAAAGGCAUCAUUCUUUCGAAAAAUAUAUUGAGUUUGUACAGUGGAGUUUACGAGGUUUCAAAAAGGUUAUCAUCUUUUUCUUUAAACUACGGAACAAGUGUAAGAAGCCCGCAGUGGUGAACUAAUUAGACGACUAAGUUCUGAUCAAUAAGAUUGUUGAGAUGGGAAAAGGUAGACGCAGUUUUUUUUAUGAUUAUUUAAUCUGAGUUUAAAAGUGGCAAUAGUUCUGAUAAAGGAGGUAAUUUCAGUUUUUGGUUAAGAGUUAUCUAAAAGUUGGCGAGAAAACUUUUUGAUGUACCAGAAGAAGCUUAGUCUCAACCUGCAAAACUUCCUAGUUUUCGAGAAAUAAGAGAGAAAAAAGAUUAGUCAAAAAAAAUUAGUCAAUUUCUACGGAUUUUGAAGGUUUUCUCUCACUUGGAAGUCUCCUUUCUCGAAAACGAGGAAGUUGUGCAGGUUGAGAUUUAUAGGAUCUUCAUUUGGUACAUCAAGGAGUGUUUUCGCCAAUUUUUUUGAAGGGAAUUCCCAAUUAAAAAGUCAAAUUACCUUCCUUGUGAGAGAAAACGUCUGUAGAAAGUUAGCUAAAAAGCAAAAAAUGAGAUUUCUUUGCCUUUCAACGCUUGAAGGAUCGGCUGAAUAUGUUAAAUUCCUAAUCUGAAAGACUAUCCCAUUUUCAGAAACAUUUAUUGGAUAAAUUCAGGUCGACUGCCCGAUUGAAACUCAGUUCUGCUAUAAAAGCUACUUGGAGCAGCGCGACUUCAACAACGACAAGACCUGGGUUGAAGGCCGUGCCUGUGGAACCGCUCAACUUUGCGUGGUUCGUUCUGUUUCUUCUUUAUUUCCCAAUUCAUUCGCAAGCCCAUACUGAUUGGAAUCGUUUCUUUUUCGACUCAAAAAAAGAAAAAAAAGAAGUCAAAAGGUUCUAUAGUCAAUCUCAUAAUCGAAGUUUUGCAUGUUAAUUUUUGGUGCAUCUCAUUAAAGGCGCCUUUUUUCAUCCUACAGUCAAGUCCGAACUCUAUAUUGUGAUGAGAUAACCUUCCAGAGGGACGGAUGCGUCGGAAACAACAACGACAAAGCGUGUUGCUGCACCAAGGACCUGUGCAACUCGGCGAGAAGUUCAACGAUCAUCGCCGCGCUCAGUUCUUUGCUCCUCUUCAUCUACGCCAAGUUCUAG